AUGGGGCAUCUGGAGAAGUCCGGGAUUAUCCCGCUGCGCCACUUGCAGGAAUUUAGGCUCCAGUCUGUUGAUGGGUUUGAGUCCAAUCAGAGGCUUGCGGUUGAGGAAUUGUUUAAGGAGGGGGAUCUGGUUGAUGUUUCUGGUACCACCAUUGGGAAGGGAUUUCAAGGUGGAAUCAAGAGACAUCACUUCAAAAGAGGUCCUAUGACUCACGGGUCAAAGAGUCAUAGACAACUUGGGUCUAUCGGUGCUGGCACAACUCCUGGACGUGUGUACCCAGGCAAGAAAAUGCCUGGAAGAAUGGGAGGCACUAAGAGGAAGAUUCGGAAGCUGAAGAUUGUCAAGAUUGACAAUGAACUUAACGUUGUUAUGAUCAAAGGUGCUGUUCCUGGUAAGCCAGGAAAUCUACUACGCAUUACUCCGGCAAAGAUUGUUGGGGUAAAUAUACCAAAGAGCUAG